AUGGAGACGGACAGCUACACCCCGACCCCAGCCCCGAGCGACUGGGCUGGGACGGUGGUAAGUGUGGGGGCCCUGGAGGAGGUCUCGGGGGAAAGUGUCUCCUCCAGCACAGCCUGGUACAUGCCCUACCCCCUGGGCUUCCAGGUGUCACUGACCGCCUUCCUCAUGCUAGAGCUGGUGCUAGGCUUCAGCAGCAACUUGACCGUGCUGGUGCUCUACUGUUCUCAGUCCAACCUGGUCGACUCAGUCAGCAACAUGGUCACGGUCAACCUGCAUGUGCUGGACGUGAUGUUGUGCGUGCUGUGUCUGCCUCUGACCCUGGUGGUGGUGCUUCUGCCCCCAGGGCCCAACCUGGCCCUGCUCUGCUGCUUCCACGAGGCCUGUGUCACCUUUGCCUCCAUCGCCACCGCCAUCAAUGUGCUGGUCAUCAGCGUGGACCGCUAUGACAUCUCUGUCCGACCCGCCAACCGGUUGCUCACCCCGCAGAGGGCGGGGCUACUGCUGGCUGCCGUCUGGGCCACGUCUCUGGCCGUCUUCUUCAUCCCCUUUCUGGAGGUGGAGUUUCUCACCGGAGGGGCGGAGAGUAGACAGCACAGCUCCACCUCCUCCCCCGACACCCCCCUGGCACUAGUGUGGCGUAACCGGACGCUGCUUUGUGUGGGUGGACAGGGCUACCACACAGGCCUGGCCAUGUACUACCACCUGCUGCUGCAGGUGCCCAUCUUCUUUAUCACAGUGGCAGUCAUGCUGUUCACAUACUCACGGAUCCUGCGGGCCUUGAACAUUCGCAUCGGCUCCCAUAUUAAAAAGAGCCAGCGCUUCAGGGCACCCUCCUGCAGGGGGCGACGUAAAAGACAGAAGCAGAAGGCAGGGCUGGGAGUGAUAGAGGGAGGAGAGCGUUGUACAGACACAACCAAGCACCUAUCUCACCCUCCACUCAUCCCAUCCCCCACAGCCACCUCCCCCCCAGCCCUGUCCUCAGCCCCUCUGGUUAGCUCAGAAGGCGCUGCUGCUGCCCCUGCACCUGCUGCCCCUGUCACCAGUCCCACUGUUCAGGCAUCUGUGUCGGCCAUCAUUGCCUUGCGACGGGCCGUGAGGCGUCAUCGGGACCGGCGGGAGCGCCAGCGGCGCGUCUUCAGGAUGUCACUCCUCAUCGUCUCCACAUUCCUAGGUUGCUGGGCUCCUCUGUCCGUGGCCAACGUGUUGAUCCUGGGCCUAGGCCCCAGUGACACCCUGGUCAGCCUGCGCCUCUGGUUCCUGGCCCUGGCCUAUGGCACCACCAUCUCCCACCCACUGCUCUAUGCCUUCACCAGGCAGAAGCUGCGGCUUGCCCUCAGAGCCAAGGUGAAGAAGAGGGUGGUGUCACUACUGCAGGUGGACCCCUCGCCAGGAGAGACCGUCACACACAACUCCUGGGUGGAGCCAAGGAAGGGACGACAGUUACAGCUGGAGGGCAGCGAAACCAUUGACCGUUGCCUGGUAGAGCCCCUGAAGAAUAGCACACACUAGCUGCACCCCUCCCCCCCCCAGGUGCAGGACCGGGUUUAGGGAACCCUGCUGUAUAUCACUGAGUGCAAACACUAAGAUACUUAUGUAACUUCUUUACAGUAGCCUAUAUGAGUGUCUGUUUGGCCAGCAGAGGAUCAGAAUUCCACCCACUCAAGCAUUGGAAGGCAGCUUCUAAGACAACACAAAAACAUUGGCACCCAUAUAGAUACACAAAUACAUAUUAUUUUAGAUCUGCUAAAUACAGAUGUAGGACCUUAAUUGAAGCCAGUUCACUACAAAAGGAAAAUAAUCCUGCAUCAACAGGAAAUGUGAAUUAUUAUGUGGAUUAUAAUUAAUGGACAUUUUUUAUACGGUUUGUUAAAAAUUGUUUAGGGUAAAUCAAGUCUGACAUUUUAAAGUGGAAAUGAUCAAAUAUAGAUGCCUUUUUAAAACGUGAAUGCACAGCAAGAUUGCAUUUCCUGCUGAGUAGGAAAAUUGUCAGCAACAAAAGAGUGAUCAAAUGAAGAUCCUACAUCUGUAUUACACAUGCCUUGACUAUUUUAAGAAUGGGUUUAAAGGUGUCAUUGAUUCUGAACAAGAA